AUGUCAGCGGAACGUGGACGCAACACGCAAGGUCGACUGAUCUACCAAUCACGCGCUCGAUACGAUACUCCCCCCGUCCCUACCCUUACCCUACCACCACAUAGAUCUAAAAUGCAUAUUUUCUGCACAAAGGUCAUUGUUCAAUUGGUUGCCGGCGCGCCGCUGCGGCUGCUGCGGCGAGCGCUGCAGCCCGCCGCCGCGCGGCGCGCCUCGCUGGCCGAGCUGCUGAGCGACGCCUGGCUGGCCGAGCCCGCGGCGCCCCCUCCCGGGGCGCGCGUGUGGGCGUCGCAGCCGGCGCGGGGCGCGCGCGACGAGGCGGACGGCGACGACGGCGACGGCGCGGCGCUGCGCCCCGAGGACAUGGACGCGCUGCUGUGGCACUCGCAGCCCGCGCACGCCGACGACCUGCUGCUGGCCACGCAGGAGCCCGAGCCCGCCGGCGCCGCGGCCGACGCCGCCCGUCUGCGGGGCGCGGUGUGCGCGCGCGUCGUGCGCCGCCUGUCGCGCGUGUGGGUGCGCUGCGACGAGCGAGAGGCGCUGCGCGCGCUGCAGGACGCGCUGCGCCAGCACCGCUACGACUUCCGCCGCCUCGACAAGCGCACCCUGGCGAUCGAGUGCGGCGACGAGCUGCGCAUGCGCGCCUGGGUGUGGCGCGCCGGCGGGGCCGCGGCGGCGGGCCAGGGCGGCGUGGUGGUGGAGUUCCGGCGCUCGCGCGGCUGCGGGUUGGAGUUCAAGCGGCGCUUCGUCCAGCUGCGCGCUGCGCUGCAGCCGCUGGCCGCGCAGCCGCAGCCGCCGCUGGCCGACCUGCUGGCGCCGCUGCGCCCGUCGCCCGUCCAGCCCAUGGACAUGGACCAGUCGUGAGGCGCGGCUGUGGUGCGACGUCGGGACCAGUACUAUUAAGCCUGUAUUAUGUAAUAAAUCGUUUGUUUCAAUAAAAAUAUUGUUUCCGAAUACUAACGUGCUUUAUUUUAAAACGGGUAGCCGACUUCACAUUCGUACGAUGUCUAUAGUGGUCACUAUGUAUUCUUUCUCUUGUUUCACUUAUAUUUAAGACGUACAUACGAUGAAACAUUUUCGAACAUUAUUAAUUUAAUCAAUUACUGGUUCAAUCAUUAUCCAAAUAUUGUUUUCA